UGAAUCAAACGCAUAGCGACGAACGAACCUCACCCUCUCUUUUCUUCAUUCAUUCAAACCUUCGCCCCCAUUCCUUUGAUCCAUUUCCAGAUUCCACUUCCACUUCACGAUCAUCGCUUCAUUCUUCUGGUUAGUCACUUUCUUCAAUUGCAUUCUUCUUAUUCCUUCCACUCUUCAUUACCGUAACUCCCAAUUUCCCCAAAAUUCUCAAUUCAACAAUUUUUUCAAAUCCUUUUUGCAUAUUCCGAUCCCGAUUCCUUACAAUUAGUAUAACUGUGCAUUAGUUUUGCCCUAAUUAGUAUUCAAUUUCCACAUCAACAUUGGUGUAGUUGGUUAAGUGUUUUUUAUUAAGAGCUCCGUAGCACUUACACUUCUGAAAAAAAUUGUGUCUGGAUCAAUGUCUCCGCUGACAUUUGUAAUUACGUUUUAUUUAUUUAUUUUCUAAAAUUAUUAUUAGUGGCGACUUACGACUUACGAGGAGUCUCAGUGUCGUGUGUCUGGUGUCUGUGUUUCAUAGACUCUGAGUUUAUUUUAUUCUCUUAUGGAGAAUAUCCCUGUUGAAGUGAUUGGUAAUAUACUAUCUCACAUUGGGUCUGCUCGUGAAACUGUGAUUGCUUCAACAACUUGCAAGAAAUGGAGAGAAGCAUGGCGAUCUCAUCUCCACACUCUUUCAUUCAGCUCUUGUGAUUGGUCUGUUUAUCAUGAAUUAACCUCUAAUAGUUUGGAAAUACUCAUUACUCAAACAAUCUUCCAAACCAAGGCAUUGCGGUGUUUAAUUGUAUCGAUGAGUGAUGUUCAUGAAUUUUCUACUGCACCCGUUAUCGCGUGGCUUAUGUAUACGAGGGAUACGUUGCGCGAGUUGCAUUUUUACGUGAGCACGCCGCCGAUGUUUAAUAUUAUUGAGAAAUGCGGUAGGCAGAAGCUGGAAGUGUUGGCGUUGGGUCGGAGCUUUAUCACGCGUGUGGAGCCUAGUUAUCAGAAGUUUCCUUGCUUGAGGUCGCUUUCGUUGAGUUUCGUUAGCAUCUCGGAGUUGGAUUUGUGUCUUUUACUUACUGCUUGUCCGAGGCUUGAGACGCUGUGUAUGGUUAGCCCGGAGAUCGCUAUGUCGGAUUCACAGGCUUCCAUGGAGCUUAGUAGCUCUUCUUUGAAGGAAUUCUCGGUUGAGUCGUUUGGUUUGGAUAAAUUUGUAAUAGAGGCGGAUUUGCUCGAGUGUUUACAUCUUAAAGAUUGUACUUUUGAGGUUUUUGAAUUGAUUGGAAAGGCAUCUUUGAAAGUGUUGAAGGUUGAUGAUGUGAGUGUCAUCCAUCUUGAUAUUGGUGACAAUGCAGAUAACCUUGAGUUUGUAGACAUAAGCAACUUCACAAUUAUGUGGCCGAAGUUUUAUCAUAUGAUCUCAAAAGCAUCGAAGUUACGUAGACUUCGACUGUGGGGGGUUGUUUUUGAAGACGAUGAAGAGGUUGUCGACUUGGAAACGAUUUCAGUUUGUUUUCCUCAAUUGAUGCACCUGUCAUUAAGUUACGAUUUGAGAGACGGUGUACUUAACUAUGGCCUACAAGGCUCGUCUCUUCUGAUGAAUGUGUCGGUUUUAGAACUUGGAUGGACUUCAAUCAAUGAACUUUUUGCAGUAUGGGUAGAUGGGCUUCUACAAAGAUGCCCUAACUUGAAAAAAAUGGUCAUUCAUGGUUUUGUUUCAGAGGUUAAAACACAUGAAGAGUGCAUAAUUUUGGCAAAAUUUACUGAAUUCAUUAUUCAACUUGGAAGACAAUAUAUGGAUGUAAAGAUAGAGUUUGAAUAUGAAUAGCGAGUUCCCUAACUCAUUCUUUCUUGUCUUGACCAUCUUUCAACCAGAAGGCACUUCUAUAUCUCAUGUGUUACUUUGUUCAUUGUUGUCUGUUUCUUCAAUUUUGAAUCACUAUUCACAAGAGUCAAGAAAUUGUAAAGUACUGUAACAGUUUUCUGUGUAAAAGAGAGAAUUUUGGUUACUACAUCUUUAGUUUUGCCUAUAGAUCUUAACAGAGCUGUGUUUUUUGUUCAAUCUCGAGGACAUUGAUGAAUGAUGACCAAACACAUAGAUAUCACAUAUUCACAUCCAUCAUGUUUUUCUAAUAUGUUGUAAUACUGCAAUUUCACUCAUUCUAACUGUAAUGAGUAUUUACUUUUCGCAUGUUUCAGACCCAUUUUAAGGGAUUUGGAAGUUCUAUUCCUGGUUUUAUCUAUGGAAUUUGAAAAUGUUUUGCAUCAUUUUGUUAUUGUUUUCCAAAGGAAAUUGCAUUCUUUUUGUACUACAGAGUACAGUGUAUAUGAUUAAUUUGAAGUGUGCAUCCCUUCCUAUAUUUAUUCUGUUCAAACAAGGGUUCUAAAAACCAUAACUGAUAUCAAAUACCAGUGAAAUUUUGGGUCAUUUAGUUCACUCAAUUGAACCACACUGAACCUAACGACAAAAAAAAGUAAUUUUGUGGGAAUUUAGCAUGUUUCAGAGGAGAAACAGAGUCAUGCAUUAACCUGUAAAAAAAAAAAAGUAUAUUUUUUACAAUCAAUCAAGUCUUCCAGAUUUCACUCAACAAUUUUUAGUAAGAUAUAGUUACCAUGUUCAUUGCAUCGUUAUUUACGGCUACACAAAGUAAAGAUAGUCCUAUAUAAGUGUCUAAUUGUCACCAUUGGUUGUCAAUGUUUCUAAACUUAUAUGCGGAUGAAUGAUGCUUAAAUUGGUA